UCCGAUUGGGCUGAUGAAAUGGCCCAGCCCAAACUGAAAGAGUCCCAAAAGCACGCUUCCCGCCCUCAGUUCGAGUCUUUGGCGCGCCAUUACUUUCAAUCUUUCCUCAAAUUGAGGAUUCAGUGAUUCAGAUCUAUCUCUAUCUCUCUCCCGUCACAGCGAGCGAGAGAGAGAGAGAGAGAGGAGAAUCAGAUUCGGCAGCGGCAGCUAUGUUUGGGAGAGUAAGAGCCUCGUCCUGUCCGGCCGACAGCUUGGAGAGGCCGCCUUCCAAGAUUUUCAAGGACGAUUCUCUCUCCAUCUACGAGGCUACACUGAUGAAGCUUAAAUUGGGUUCAAAACGUAAUCUAAGUCCGUGCUCUAAUGAGGUAGAUGCUGGUUCUAAUUCAAGUUCUCCUGACUCGGAGCCAAUGAACAUAGAGGUGAACUGUGUUUCCUCGGGAACUUCAAGCUCUCCUGAUUUGGUUGCCAGCUCCCCACAGGAGGAGGUUGUCACAUUAGAUACAGAUUGUUCUUCAGAAACAAGUUCAAUAAGUUCGAGUGAUUGUAAUUCUGCGGGCACCUCAAAGCAGCCAAGGAGUACAGAGGUGUCUGUUCUCUACCUCUUUUCUAAAUUUAGGAGAGCUCACGAUGCAAUCAGCUCGUCCUCGGGGGAGGCAAUGACAAUUGAUAGCGUUGGUAUUUCUCCUAGUUCUAGUGGUUCUCGAUCUGUUAACAACACAGAACAACAGUCGGAACAGGAAUGCAUCAGCUAUUUACCUGCCACCGAGAUACAUAUGCUCUAAUUAAGUUUAUCACAUGGAGAUGUCUAAACAAGGUUGUGCAUUUGUGCCCACUUGGGAUUAAUCGUGCCUUUUAUGUUCAUUGGAAAAAUUACAAACAAAAACAAGAUGAUUGUGUAUCAUAGUUGGAGCAAUUUCUGUUGUAAUAUCAUAACCGCAGGUCCCCAGUUAUGAGGGAAUGCAUAAUGUAUGGGCUAACAUGCCAGCCAUUAUUUCA